CCUUUGGCGCCCCCGCCUUCCCGACAUCCACUCCAUUUCCAAAAUGGCGCCAGCUAGGAAAAGUUCGCGCAAAACCGUGCAGACCGUCACGACUACCGUGGUCCAGGCGCCUUCCACGCCGGUCACACGUCGCCUGACCCCCGGGGAACUUCCCGCCAGCCCCCUGGGGGCCACCCCGAGGGGUGCACUGCCUCAGGUCUACUCCACCCCCCACAAAAACUACGAUCUGACCGAGGAGGAUUUGAGCAGGAUCGCGGAAGAGGCACAGUCGACCCUUCGGAACAGGGCUUCCUUGUACACCGCUGAGAAGAGCGUCAGCCAGACACGGAGGCUGGUGGGUCUGGUGAAGCCGACCGUGCGGGGCCGUGCGCGCCUGCUCUGGGCCAUCGCCGCCGUCCUGCUGGCCCUGUUGGUUGCUGCAGCAGUGCUGUACUGGAGGGGAAUCAUCUUUAACACAGAAGAAAACACAGUGGCCCAGCAAACCAAACAGUGAAGAUACUCAACUGUAAGUCAAGACAUGCCGACAUCUUGGGACCUCGGAGUAAGAAACAAGACCAAGGCAGCUCAACUUUCAUCAAGAGCAUAGUUGUAUGUUUAUCUGUAGUCAAGACUUCUAUACUGUAUCUUAGCAGAUCUCAGGAUUCUCACUUGUACCAUUCUUGUUCUUGUCGUAAAAAUAUUAGAGCUUG